AUGGCCUGCUGCACCACCAGCUUCUGUGGAUUCCCCAGCUGUUCCUGUGGCACCUGUGGCUCUGGCUGCUGCCAGCCUACUCUGCACCCCCCAACCUGCUGCCAGCUGUACCAUGCCCAGGCCUCCUGCUGCCGCCCAUCCUACUGUGGACAGUCCUGCUACCGCCCAGCUUGCUACUGCUACUGCUGUGAGUCCACCUGCUGCCAGCCCAGCUGCUGCCAGACCAGCUGCUGCCAGCCAACCUGCUGUGGGACAGGGUGUGGGACCAGCUGUGGCACUGGCUGUGGCCAGGGCAGUGGCUGUGGAGCCGUGAGCUGCCGCACCAGGUGGUGCCGCCCUGACUGCCGAGUGGAGGAUACCUGCCUGCCCCCCUGCUGCGUGACGAGCUGCACCCCCCCAACCUGCUGCCAGCUGCACCAUGCCCAGGCCUCCUGCUGCCGCCCAUCCUACUGUGGACAGUCCUGCUGCCGCCCAGCCUGCUGCUGCUACUGCUGUGAGCCCACCUGCUGCCAGCCCACCUGUUGUGAGCCCACCUGCUAA